AUCAUUAAGUAAUCAUGGACAAUGUUUCAGUUGAUAAAUGAAAGUGAGUCUGAAUAGUUUUUAUAUUCAGUUUAUGGCUAAAUAAUGAAAAUAAUAAAUAUUGUGCAUGGCUUGACAGUAUUUUACAAAUGCACCGAAAGACUCGGCUUCCCAGAAUGCAUCGCAGUUAGACCGGCCUAUCCUCCGCUAGGUCCCCGCCUCUCAGCUGUCCAGCUAGGUAAACAAACAGGAGAGGAGAGGAAACGAGCAGCGGCAGGCACUUUGCUGGCUCUGGGUUCCCUCGGGGAAGUUUUAUAUUGUUUAUAUCCGUUUUUGUAAAAAUUUAAUAUCGUGUCUCCUAGAAACUUUUAAUACUUUGAUACACUGGUUUUGACAUUUUCUAACAACGAAACCUGGCAAGGAUUGGCUGUAGCUUGCUAGCUUGGAAACACUGGAUUUUUUUUCCCCCUUCUGCUUUCGACAAAGGCUGCUGAUGAGCCAACGAAGACACUGAACAAAAUAACAAUACGACCUUUUUAAAGGACCAGUGUAGUAAUAACCGAUGCACUGUCUUCCCUGUAUUUAAAAGCGACUGUAUUUAAACGCUGAAGGGAACAUAGCUAACGUUAACGGCAGCCAGCCUCAGGAGAGAAUGACGGCUGUUCAGCUGAUAAAUAUCCAACGGUUACUCGAAGCUGCAGAAUAUCUAGAGAGGAGAGAAAGAGAGUGUGAACACGGAUAUGCUUCGACAUUUCCGUCAAAUCAGAACACAAACUACCAGAGGCAGAGAAAAUUCCGAAAUAAGAAGUUCAGCAGUAACCACAAUAGGUCCACACAUAAUGAGCUGGAGAAGAAUAGACGAGCUCACCUGCGGCUGUGUCUGGAGCGGUUGAAGGCCCUCAUACCCCUGGGACCUGACUGCAACCGCCACACCACCCUGGGCCUGCUCAACAAAGCCAAAGCACACAUAAAGAAACUUGAAGAGGUGGACAGGAAGAGCCAGUACCAGCUGGAGUCUCUGGAGCGAGAGCAGAGGCACCUCCAGCGCCAGCUGGAGCUGCUGAGGGGAGGCAGCGGUGCUGCCACCCAGAACAGCCCUGGAGAGGGGGAGAGGAUACGCAUGGACAGUGUGGGCUCCACCCUCUGCUCCGACCGCUCUGACUCUGACCAAGAGGAGAUUGAGGUGGACGUGGAAAGCACGGAGUUCUCCCAUGGAGAGCUGGACAGUGUGAGCACGGCCAGCACCAGCGACCUGGACGACCACAGCAGCCUGCAGAGCAUGGCCAGCGAUGAGGGCUACUCCUCCUGCAGUGUCAAACUUGCCUUCUCCUCCUAGAGCCCCGCACCGCCACUACCGCCACCACCUCCCCGCCAAAACCCACCCACCCACCUGCCCUCCCAUCUGUUUAUCCAUCCAGCCAUGCCUACAUACGUACACCCAGUCACCUCAGGCGACGGCCACGCUCCCAGCUAAAGGCGUCUCCGUCGCUUCUCCGUGCUCCUAGCCUUUUAGUUGCCCCACCUCUCCCCUCCCAGCGCUGCUGAACCCACUGUUGGAGGAGCUCCAGCGAGAGCUCACCUCUGAACUUUGAGCCACCCCGACCAACACCGACACCAGGGACCCAAACACAGUGACGUGAGACUGCCAAUUGGUUUUGAUCUUCUUUUAAAGGGAGAUCAGUGACUUGGUUGAUACGAAAAAUUAUACAUGAUCUUAAUUUUUAAACCCACAAUUUCAGUGAAUGAUUGAUUUAACUUCUUUUAUUUCCUGGAACCGUCACGUCUGAAUUUUUUAAAGAUACACAACCCCUACUUUGAUGCAAAAUGCACUUAAAUUCAUAUAACAUUGAAAUGAUUCAGAGUUUUUGUUCGGUUCUCUCUCCUGUGGGUGCGUGCGUGUGUGUGUGUGCGUGCGUGUGUGCGUGCGUGUGCGUGCGUGUGCGUGUGUUGAGCUGAGCUGACCCUGUGUAUCCCAUCUCAAUGUUCUGGUGUUGGGCCUGGAUAAACAGGAGCACAUCUAAUCUGGACAUUAAUGAACACUGUGGGUGAACUUUGCCAUAUCAACACAGCUUGGUUCCUGAUAAACGUCCCUCCAGUCCUGAGUUCAAUCCUUGUCUUAUUGUUUUUCAUUACCUCUGCUCGACACCGCAGAAGCUCGGACACUCGAAUUGGUGCUAUUGUGAAACAAACCAACGGGGAAGCAGAUCAGAUCCACCACCACUAAGCUUUUAAAGCAAACAAAGUGUGUCUGCCGUGAUUGUUUCCAACCAAGCACGGAGGAAAACAACCACACAAAAAAAAAAAAAUUGAGGAAAAAAAACAUUCCUGUCGAAUGUGGGUGCUCAGUGCAUUUUCAAAGAGUGGAAAUUGUAACUUUGUGUGUGUGUGUUUUGUUUUGGUUUCUUCCCCCUCGACAAGCAGCUACAACAAGCCAUCAUGCACUUGCCUACUUUAGAGCUGUCCAUAGAAACGGCACAAACGAAGAAGAAAAAAAACACAAAAAAACAACAGCAACAAGGAAAAAGUCCAAACAACAAUGACAACAAACUUUGGAAUAGAUGUCCAUCCUCUUUCCAGCAGUAACAAGCAAUAACUCUUGUAGUUGUUUUUGUCUCAUCAAUUUGAACUCCUUUUGUUCUUCUUUUUUUUUUCCUUCUCCCUAAAGACAGGUGUGACCGUCCAAAAAAGCAAAUUUCUUGUUUGUUUUUGUUUUUUUUUUUUGUACAUACAAAUAGGUUAAUAAAUUAAACUUUAAAACUGAGUUUUAAAAAAAAAAAGGUAGAGCUCGUGGAUAGAAAUAUUGCCUCUGUUGCUGUUUGACCUGUGUUUAUUGUGCAUUUUAAAUUCAAUUUUUUGGAAAGAUUUUUUGUCCUCUUCAGAGCGGCAGUGGAUGUGGCAUGGACACUAUUUUACAUUGUUCAGUUUUGCUGAUGGAAACAUUGGAAAGUUACUCAUUCUGUUUCUGCCCUGAGAAGAAAAGAAAAAGUGACAGCUUCCUGAUAAAAAAAAAAAAAAAAAAAGCGAUGCAGUAGAACUUCUGUUGGAGAAUGCUGAGUUUGUGUGGCACUCUUUUUAUUUAUUAGAAUUUUCUCUCUCUCUUUUGUUUCCAAUGUUCAUAAAUGGGGGAUAAAGAAGCUGCAAAUGGCAUUCCACUGAUGGUCAGGUGAUCUGUGGAGGAAACGUCUGAAGUGCGUGGGGAGAAGAAAACGGGUUGUAUGAUGUCACUAUUCGCCAUCCCAACUCCACUGGUAGUAAGGACUGCACUUCAGCCACAGUUCUGUUUUUUUUUUUUUUUUUCUUUUCCACUGUCAUUUUCAGCUCCCAUGAAUCUUUGUGUGUAAAAGAAAGAAAAAAAACCACCACCCUUUUGAAUAUUUAUUUCUCAAUCCCUCAAAGAACACAAGCAAUGGGGAAAAAAGAAGUUAACUUAUUUUGGUUCUGUCUAAUUUUACUCCUCCUCUUGAUGCUUAUUCCUCAUUCCUUAUUUUAAGAAUUGUAUAUUUUAUGGGUUAUUGUUAUUAUAUUUUAUUUCUUUUGGUGGGGGGUGGGGGGUGGGGGGAAUAAUAAGAAAAUGUAGCCAUUUUGUUUUUCGUUUUUUCUGAUGUUUGAUUCAAUGGACACUUGAAAUGUAAUCGGCCCCUUAAGCUGCUCCUAGUGCUGAGCCUCGCCUGUUUAGAGUCACCAGCCUUGUCCGGAGCUGACCCCCCCCACCCCCCCCCCAACCACCACCUCUCGUUUCUUCCCAUACACCUCUUUCCCUUUGCCUGUGAUGAUGAAUUCAGAUCUAAAACAACUGGAUGGGCUGAAACUCCAUGCCCAGUCAGCAGAUAGAAGCCUGUCCGGUUGUUUUUGGGGUCUGAGCUGGGGGGGGGGCUUCCUCUGCACAAGGCUUAUGGAUAGCCAAGACUUGACUGGCAAAUAUUGAGCCAGCUACUACACAAUAAAAGGGGUCUAAAACUCCACUUUCCUCUAUUAGGAGGAUUGUAGUCUCUAUUAGACUUGUGUUUUAGUUGACAAAAUGUGUCUUACAAUUACAAGGCCUCCGACUGAGGAUUUAAAGAAAAAAAUAAACAAAGAAGAACAAAUCCUUUAGUUUCUCUGAAGGACAUCAUUAAGGUGUAGAGUUUGAUAUGUAAGCUCUCUGUGGAGCUCUGUUGAGGUUGUUGGACUUGGCACUGAAUCAGAAAGUCACCACUUUUGGUGCUUGAUUAUUGAAAAAAAAAAAAAAAAAUGCCAAAACCACCUCAGAACACCUCAGUGUCCUCUCUCUUUAUCUCUCUCUCUCUCUCUGAGGGACAGUUUACAUUUAUUCUGCCCCCGUUUAAGUUAUUAACCUUCAUCAUUCUCUUUGUUUCUGUUUUUUUCUUCAUAUGUUGGUUUUAUGAACCUGCACUGCUGACAGGAAAAAAAAAGGUCCCAUGUUUGACAAAUGAUUUUCACUCCUCGUGCAGACCUGGAUCAGACACUUGUGUUUUAACCUGCUUGGAGUAUAAAAUGUUUUUUACUACAUUGGGACAAAUCUGACAGUGUUGGGUCUGUUAUUUAUCACAAAUGUGUGUGGAAAACUCUCUGGCACUCAUUGUGUUGUCUCCUGGGGCAAAACUAUUCUGAUAUUGUAUUCCAAAAAAACAGGAUAAAACAAACUAUAAGAACUGAUUUGACUGAAGCCAAGUCUGUCCUCUCCUCAUGUGAGUGUACAGUGUGUGUAUAUGUGUGUGUGCGGUGUGUGCGUGUGUGCGUGCUCCUUGUUCUUACCAAGGCUGAGCUUUAGAAAGGCACCUGGUCCGUGACAAGUCUGCACUGAUCUCAGUUACCUGCUAACUCAGUACAUAGCAGACUUCUGGAGAGUCUGUCAUGAAAGACAAGUCUAUUCGGUGUGAGAUAAUAACUGGGGGUGAAGGUUCUGUCACAUAAACUGCAGCUAUAAUUUUGCAUUUGAAGUCAAAAGACCUGUUCAGUUCAGUGCAGACUGGUCUAGGAUCAGCCCUAGGUUACUUGGGAGGUCUUAUAAGGAGUUUCUGGCUAUGCUGCAAAUUCAAAACAAUAGCAUAUCUUCAUAAGCUGGUGAUCACAAAGCUAUAUUUUUACCUCUGUGUUUAAGGUUAGGUGUAGAAAUGCAGUCCUGACUGUGGUUCAUGGUUGGGGUUUACAGGAGUGUUGAGUUCCAGUUUUGCAGCUUGGCCAGAAGUGUACCAGCCCGGCAAAGUGGUUAGUCGCAGUGUCUUUUUGUAAACCACUCUCCAUUCUGGUGUCGGUCUCUCAGGAGGUUGACUUUGAGCAAACGGGUCCAUGAGGUGGAGUUAGCCCAAACAAACGAGCAGUCCCACAUAGGGAGACGUCCUGUUGUUCUGAACCUGUGGCCAUCCUUUGUAAAACAUGCACUCUGAUGAUGAUGAUGAUGAUGAUUCUAUCCAUGUAAGUUGAAGAUGCAAUACUUACAUACAAUAAAAACACCAAGAUUUUCAAACCUGAA